UUCUAGGCCAUCUCUGACAGGAAGCGCGUCCGCGUGAGUGAGCGGCGGGGGCGCGCAGUCCUCCAGCAGUCAGAGCAGCAGAGGUGGAGCGCCUCCUCAGCCGCUACGCUGCCAUUUCAGGUCUGUCAAGAUUCAACUUUCGUAAAUAUUCUGAAAAUUUGUAGAUGGCGAUGGGUGGACUAGGGAAUGGACGACGUGGAGGGAGAUCUCCUCCUCUGAUGAUCGCUGCUCUAAUUGCUUGUAUCUUGGUUCUGGGUUUUAACUACUGGGUAUCCAGUUCACGGAACUUGGAGCUCCAGAACAAGGUGUAUGAGUUGGAGGGUCAUGUGCGGCGUGGAGCAGCUGAGCGAGGAGCUGCAGAGAUCAAGCAGAAUGAGUUCCAGGGGGAGAUCCAGAGACAGAAGGACCAGAUUGUUCAAAUCGAAAACUUUUACAAGAAAAAGCUGGAAGAUGUUCAGUCCACCUGCAGCCAAGAGAAGGCCACAAUGCAGCAGAAUAUUUCCCUCGGUACCAAAACGAUAGAUGAGCUCAAAGUUCAACUGAAUCAGAUAAAUGACGACUUGGGGAAGCUCCAGAAGGAGUUGCAGAGCUGCAAAGACAAUGUUGAAACGCUCAACAACAAACUCACAUUUGACAUGGCUCACUGUCAGUCCCAGGUCCUUUCGCAGAAGGAGCUGUGUGACGACCGAGUGGCCAAAGCGACGCUUGAAAUCCAGAAGAAAAAGGAGAAGCUCGUCUCACCUCAAGCAGUCAUUUCAUUGGAUAACAAAGAUAAAGGAGCAGUGCCAGAAAACUCAACUAUUGCAUCUGUGCCAGAAGCUGGAAGCCACCAACCAAGCAUCUCUCAGCCUAAACUCAAUGCAACUUCGGAGCUGCAAACCAAUGAUAUUAUUACGGACAGAGGCUCUGAUAUCUCACUAAACCAACAGCAGGCCACAAACGUCCUGAAAACAGCUUCACAGUCUCUUCCGUCUGCUGCUGCAGUCAAGGAAGUAGUUCUGUCAGAAAAUGAAGACAUCACAAAGGACAAGCCUGAGCCAGCCGAGGACAUACCUGUUAAAAACAGCCUGUCUGACAAUAACAAAAUCGAGGUUAUGAACGUUCAUGAAGAGGAAUCCCAGAUAGAAGAAGUCGACCCCAUGCUGGAGAGCGUCCUGAUAAGUCAGGAGAAGACAGAUGAUCAUCCUGUUGAUCAGAAGCCUGAGGAGCCGGAUGAGUACGAUGCAGAGGAGCAAGAAGUGGAUGGAGUGGAUAUGGAGAAGGAAAACCAGAGUAUGCUGACUGAAAACAUUGACAAGGAUAUGGACGAAGAUCCGGCCGACUACAACGGAGACGAUGAAAAUGAGGGAGAGUUUGAAGCAGACAAACAAGCUGCACUUGCACAAAUCUGAGAGCUGGAGCUGAAAAAUGCUUCAUAUCACAGCAGAAAAAGAACAAACGGAAGACCACAACCUUACAGGACGAUGCAGCAGCAAAGAACCUGGGAGUCAAACUGUCUGGUUGAAUGAACUCCUGUUGGUGAAAUACAAUUUUCAUUGCUCUCUGGAAUGUCUUAUCUAUCAACGGGUUAUUUUCUCACCAAGUAUCUUUAGUAUGAGCUGCAUAAAGAUGACUGAAGACAUCUGAAAACGUGAUACGAUUUGGCUUGAGGAAUACAUCGCUCAGCAUGCCUGAAAACCUGAAGAUUUUUUGUUGACAUUUGUUAUGUUUACUUGAUAACAGCUGCACUUUACGUUAUGUGCAGACCCUCGUAGAGUUACAGGGUGUGAAAUUCUGUCCCGAUUCCAAAGAUUUAAGGUAUUCAGCCGACACAAGUCUACCAGCAGAGGGCACUGCAGUGCCGGUCGUUUCCAAAACUCAUCAACAUCCUCGAGGGUCAAGUUUUCCCCUUGGGUUGGAAAUGUAUCACCUGCCCAAGCUAAUGAGAGAAUGUAUUCCAAUUUGAUUCGUUGAAUAUAAUCCUUUCAGUGUUAGUUUAUUUGUCACAAAUGUCAAUAACAUUUCCCCAGUGGGUGUACUCGUCUGGCUUUAAGCAAUAACAUCAAGCUUUUAAAUGUGUCUAUUCUAGUCAAUUUUCAGGGUAUUAUGACUCCCCUUAUCUGUUUUUCACACCACAAAGUUGCAGAAACAUUUGCAGGUUUUCUGUAGACAGGGAUCAUGUUUUGAAUGUAUUUAACGGAACUGCUGAGAACACACAUCUCAAACACUUCCAUGUUCCUGUAUGCCUUAGCAGUUCGGUCUUUGUUUGUGUUUAGCUGUUGUUAAAUAAUUAAAAAGUCAACGUUAGCGGUUUGAUGUUGUCUCUCAUCUACUUUAAAGUUCAAAUAUGAGGCUGAGAUGAUGACAGAGGUUUCAGAGAUGGGAUGAGCAAUAUUUUCACAAACUAGAACACAAUAUUGGGCAUUCCAUCAUGCUUAAAGCCAGUAAGCUGUACAGUAGCUUCGCACUGUAGUAAUCAAAGCUGCAUUCAUCACAGAUUAUUUUGUAAGUGAAAAAAAGCAGUCUUUUUUACAAAAAGAAAACACGUGCUUCUCUUGCCUUUUUAGGCACUUUGCUUUAACAACUCACAAAUGCAUUAACCACAUGAUUUCCAUAAUACUUCAAAUUGAUAAUCUUUUACUUUCCCUAGAAUAAUCAUUUGCAUAUCUAAAGGUUUACUCAGCAGUUGGUUCAGGCUGUAACUCAUCGCAGGAGUACGCCUUUGUCUUAAAUAUCUGUUUUUUUUUUUUUAAUAUUGUUGCCGUUUUUCAUUCUGAUUAGCAGGAAGUCAACUCGUUUUUUUUAUUUAUAGUGUAAUUUAAAAUAAUUUAAAAUCCAGAAUGCUGUUGAAGGAAUAAUUAUAGUUCAUGAGAAUUAUUGUUUGUCAGAACUGCAGGACUGAUGAAGGGUGAAUCGACUGUCAGCAUUAUUUUUGAUCUGAGCAACGUUGUUCGUCUGCCUCUUUUUUAUUGAUUUUUACAGUGAUGGUUUAAUAAAAUGUAUCUUCAUUUUGUUCUUGUCUUUCACAGUAAAGUCUUUGUGUCUGACUAUAAAAAGCCAAUUUUUAAAACAGAAUUUUUGUGUUUGAAAAAACUUUAAUGGUUGUUAAUUUGUUACAAAUGCUGUCUUUAUUCUAAACUGUACUAUUAAAGAAUUCAUUGCCUUUGUUGACAAUGGAUAAUAAAACUUGUUUUUAUUCGUA